AUGUCCUCGUCCUACUUCGUGGCUCGAGUCAAUCGCUAUGUAUUAUCGGACAUACUCUAUCAMCCUCUUGGAGAUUUCAGACUCAAGCCGUACCUAGCUGAUUUUGAUUAUGAAUCUGCCCAACAACAGCAGCCACAUUAUGAUACGCCAGAUUACGCAGAGGAUUUGACACGCAUCCAGGAAGAAUACUACCUCAAUCUGCUAUGGCAGACUUUCCACUGUCUUUAUCCUAUCCUCUCUGAGUCGGACUUUGGUCAAUACUAUGAGUCUUUGUGGUCGUCUGCUGAUGGAAACUCUACUCGCAAACCUUCGCCGUUGGUUGACAUCCUGCUUGCCGCGUGCAUGCAGUUUGGCAAUGUUUUUCUCUUCAGCGAACAUAACCUUGACCAAGCUCCCGGAGAUAAUCCUAGAAGAAAGAAGAACGUACACAUGGCUGGUCACAAACAUUAUCAAAGAGCGCAAAGCCUUUUGCACAAUGAGCUGGAGAAUCCUUCCAUCAUGACACUACAAGCUCAUGUAUACUCGGUCAUCUACUUAUACAACAUCUCCCAAUUUAAUGCUGCACAUACCAACUUGGGCACGACGGUGCGGAUUGCCCAAUCCUUGAGACUACAUCUUCGGCCUGUAGAGGGUACCUUACCGGAGGAUCAGGGGCUGUAUCAUCGAAUAUGGAACACAAUCUACCGCCUGGACAGCCAGCUCUCGAUGAAUCUAGGACGAUCUCCGCUGGUUCAACUUCUUGCGUUCGAUGAAGACCACGCUGAAAAAGCACUUUUAUCCGGCACAUCGCUUAUAUCUAGCCAUGACGAUAUCAGUUGGCUAAGCUUCCACACUCAGUGCGCGAAACUACUUUCUACUGUGCACAAAGCUCAAGCUGCGUUUGAGCAUAAAUGUUCCCAGCUGCUCAGCGGCAAUACAACUGGUGAUAUCUACGAUAACCCACGAAAAACCGAGGCGCUGGCCGAGUUCUUCGGACGUGAAAUGACUCCAGUUCGGGAAUGGAGUCAAAAUGUCCCCAAAUCACUCAAAUGCGCUCGCAGAGCUGACGGGGAAGCAUUCUCCAUAGACCGGACACCCUUGAACCUGGAUACGUUCAGUCCCUUGUGGCUUCAACGCCAACGACUUCUCCUCGAGCUUCUGUACCACCACCUCCACAUCUCUAUGCUACGUCAAUUCCUCCGCUUUCCUCCCGUAGCUGUAUCCCUCACCCCACUCGCAGACUUCUUGGGCAUCUCAUGCGUCUACCAUGCCAUAACCCUCACCAAUAUGAUCCACCAAGUUCUAUCGGAAACAGACCUUAUACAAGGCUGGUUCCACGUUUAUCAAUACCAAUGGGACGCCGUAUUGUGUACAUUGGGAUUUGUGCUCGCUAACCCCGUUUGUCCGCCGACGCCACCAGCACGAAAGUCUCUGCAGACGGCUGUACGGAAUCUGGAGAUUAUUGGAGAGCAUUUCCCUGCUGCUGCGAGCGCGGCGAGCUUGGUGCGUGAUACGAAUGGGAGGUUGGAUCGAGUUAUUGACGACUUUCGGCGGAGUAUGAUGGGUCAGCAGCGACGUCCUCCUAACACCUCAUCGUCAGCGCAGUCAAUCGCUGCAGCUCCAAGUGAAGCAGCUGGGCAGACACCAUCUAGGCAAAAUUUAUCAGAGACUUCUGCGGUAUCGUGGCCCGGUCAAUCUAUGAUAACACUGGACAUGGUGCCAACACCGCUUUUGACGACAACAAAUACUGGCCCCCCUGCCGUAUCAAUGCCGAUGGAUGCGAUUAGUGGCAAUGACUUGCAAUGGAUGCAAGGUAGUCUUGAGUCCUGGAUCGACUUUGCGGAUCCAAGGUUCGUUUCAUGA